GUUGGAACUUUGUUAGAAGUAAUGACAUCGUUUACUCUGUUGGGACUGCUACUGGUGCUGCUCUUGCUGCGAUUCAAAGGACUGCUGGCGUGGCAGGAUUACAAGGAUUAUAAGGUGUUUGAGGUAAAGCCACACGAUGACAUUAAGCUGCGCAUGCUGCAUCAGUUGGCAAGGGAGAAAGCCCACUGGGAUCUCCUCGCACCACGUCGCAAUUACAAUGAGAGCGGAUUGAGGGUACUGGUGUCGCCCAGCCAAGUGGACGGCUUACUAGAGCUACUGAAAACACAUUCUAUAGAACAUCAGUUGCUCUUAGAUGAUUUAUCCCCGCUGGUGGAGGCACAACGUGCUGAGAAUCAACGCAGCAAAUCGCUUAACCCGUCGCCACGACUCGAUGUCCUUGGCGGAUUUUAUACGCACGCCGAGAUCAAUGAGUAUUUGGAUAGCCUACCAGAGCGUUAUCCUCAGCAUGCGUUUGUCAAACAAUUUGGUUGGAGCUACGAGAGGCGACCAUUGAAACUGCUGACCAUUCAUAAUGGCGAUGGACGAUCAAAUAAACCGGUGAUAUUUAUAGAUGCAGCAAUGCAUGCUCGGGAAUGGAUAGCGCCCUCAUUGGCAUUAUACAUCAUCCAGCAACUCUUGGACAAUUAUGCGGAAAAUAAGCAACUGCUCCAGGACUAUGACUGGAUAAUAAUGCCGGUUGUUAAUGCGGAUGGCUAUGAAUUUAGUCAUACGGACUCACGCUACUGGCGCAAAACUCGCAAACCCACCUGGGAUCCCGAAAACAUUGGCACCGAUCUUAAUCGGAAUUUCGGCUAUGAGUGGGGCCACGAUGAAGGCUCCUCGCCAGAUCCCGCUGAGGAGAUUUAUCGCGGCGAACAUGCUUUCGAUCAGCCAGAAUCGCAGGUGGUACGCGAUAUUCUGCUCCAUUAUAGCGAUCGCUUGACUUUUUAUCUUUCCCUUCACUCCUAUGGUAACUUCUUUUUGCUGCCGUGGGGUCACACAAGUGAUUUACCCAAAAAUUACAAUGAUAUGAUGGAAGUGGCUGAUGCAGGUGCUCUGGCUAUCGUUCAAGCGACAAAUGAAAUUUAUAGCUAUGGCAGCGGAUACCAUUUAAUGUAUCCCACCUCCGGUGAUUCCACAGACUACGCUGUGGCCGUUGCAAAUGCAACAGUGGCUAUCACAAUGGAAUUACCCGCUGGCGGUUUUCUUGGCUUCGAUCCGUGGGUUUCGCACAUAGAGGGCAUUGUUACCGAAAGUUGGAUAGGUGUACGAGCGAUGGCCAUGGAGGUGAUAAGACGUUAUCAACCGGAAUCGUAAAUAAAUACCCGAUUAAUGUCUA